GGAGAAUGGAGUAGAAGAGUUUGUAAAUCCUUUACUUCCAGGGAAUAAUCCGAUGUAUGCUUCAAUUAACAAGGAGAAGUCAAAGAAGAAAGAGGAAAUGAAAUUGAAAAUAAGAAAGCUAAACAUUCUGCAGAGGUACUUGGUUCACAUCUUAAGCAGAGAGAUAAAGGCUAAGGAUUUAAAGGAAAAAUCAAUCAUUCACUCUAAAUCCCUUGGAGAACAUUUCACAGAACCGGUUCUACAGGAUCUUUACAGUGUUGAGAAGUCUGAUGAUUGCAAUAGGCUGGACAUGUCCUUGGUAUUUGCUUUGCUUAGAAACUUCUGUGUAAAUAUCAAACCACCAACGAGAGGGUGGGACUAUGAACCUCCAGAAGAUGAAGAGACAGUUGGAGCUGACAUUGAGAGGAUCCGAUCUAUGUGGAAUAAAUACUGUGAUAAUAAUUAUGACUUUCAGAAUUUAGACGAUGUCUUUAAUAGAAUGAAGAAUAAAUACGGAACUUUAGCUGUUCAGAAUGAUCCAGAAUUACAAAAUAAAGCACAAGAUGAGAUGGAAGGUUUUACAGAUUUAAAAGAAAAAAUACAGAGUAUUAAGCUGAAUCCAGACUGCACUGUUGAGAAAGGCAUUGUGAUAACUGGAGGGUUAAAGUUAGCUCUUGACUCUCUUGAAGCGGGAAAUAUCGUAAUUUGUAAAGGAGCCAUAGGAUGUGGUAAAACUCAUGCUUUAAAAGCAAUCCAGAACAAAUAUGAAGAGAAAGGAUGGAAAGUAAGAUGGAUGGAGGAAAAAUUUCUUCCUCUAGAAGAAAAUAUGCAAAGUGAAACAAUGGUGAUUUGUGACAAUCUUUUUGGAAGUUAUGGUUGUAAUACCUUUUCCUUAAGUGGAAUAUCAAGUAUUGAAAAUUUACUUGAGAGUAUGCGGGAAAAAUCAAGGGGUUUUAAAGUUGCUUUUGGAAUACACCAACAUGUAUUUGAUGAAGUCAAGAGAAAUCAUAAUCUAAAACUCCUUCAAAAUAAAAACCUGACUGUUGAUUUAGACAAGCUAACAAAAUCAGAAAUGCUGCUAAUUUUGAAAGAACAACAAAAAGAGGGUCACUGUAAAACAGAUUCCAAUUGCUGGUUUAAGGAUGUUGACCUCACACUUGUGAUUGAUAAACUCAGAGAAAAUCAGGGGCAUAUAGGAAACCCGUUUCUCAGUUUGAUGUACUGCCAUCAUCAUGAUUUAUUUUCUGAUGCAGCUUUCACCAAAAACCCUAUACAGUCAUUAACACAACGUUUUCAGAAAAUGCGAGACGGUUCAGUUGACUAUCCCAGUCUUGUUUACUUGAUGUGUGUUAUAAAGCACAAACAUGGGGAUGAGUUAACUUCCUGGGCAGGUACAGUUGACGCAUUUUUAACCAAAGAUGCUUUUCAAAAUGUGGCAAAAAUGUCUGGAUUCGUCCGAGUUGAAAAUGGUGUUGAAAAACUUAGUCAUGAGGUCUUGACAAUAGCUUUAUUCAAAGCAGCCGCUUCUGUAGAGGAAGUUUUCUUACCAGUUGUUCAGCAUUGCGAAAUAGAAAUCUUACUACAACUGAUACGACCUAAUGAAUAUAGCAAUAUCAAUACGGAAUUUACCUACAGUUUUGCUUAUCCACAGGCAAACAAGACUCAAGUUAGAAACAUUGGCAAACGUUUAGUUAAAAGAUUUGCAGAUGCCUUCAAGGCAGACUGGGACAAUAUGAAGCACCCUCUGAAAGAUCAUGCCUUUUUCAAAGAGAAAUUUGAGCGUUAUUUAUCUAAUGACCCAAGAGAAAAAUAAAAUUUCUACAUGGAGACUCCGAUGAUAAAACGUUGACUUUGAGUAAGGCUAAGCUAAGAUCAGGAUGGAAUAAAUUAAGCACGGUAGAUUUAAAAUGAAACGAGGUGCACAUACAUGUAUACAUGCCAUGGGAUUGUGUGUAGGUGCUCUUAUUUAUCAAUUUAAUUUGUCCUUCCUUUCGUCUGUCAAAUUUCCUUUUCCUGUAGCAUAUUAUCUCCUUGUUGGCAUCACAGUGCUCUAAUUCCAACCAAACAGUAUCCAUAUAUAGAGUGUCUUUGGGUCGACGGGGUGAAGUAACAUUUAACCAAUUUUCGUACCUUAAUCAAAGGUCAAGGUUGAUAAAAUCUGUGUAAAAUUCUUGUCUGGUAUGUAUUUUCCCCGCUGGCCAAGUCAGGCUCAGACUUUAAAGUCCAUGUUCUGUUUAUGCUUUCUCUCCAGUUUGACAAGUUGGACUCAUACUUCACUCACGGAGUGUGAGUAGUGAUUAAUCAUUAUUUUCUAGAUUUGAUAUAGGUCAAGAUCGUAAAUGUCUGUUAAAAAUUAUGUCAUUAGCAUGUUUCUUUCCUCUAGAUGUUGACCUUGUCAGACUUUGUCAGACUUUCACUUACCCAUUUGAGUCCCAAGUGAGUAGAAAAUACCAGUGACCCUAAACAAAUUUUCUAGAUUUUCAGCUUCAAUUUUCUCAGGACAUGUGCUUAGUAAGGAAAGGUCACGCGUCGCCGUCUACUUGUUUAUUUAAAACUGAAGCCGUUCGCCUACCAUCCCAAUUAUAGCUGAUUGAAUCUAAGCUGAGGGAAAGCGUGCAGAAAUUCCAUGCUUUAGGGCGCAUACGCAAAUUCAUAAAAAGAAUGCAAUAUAAAAAAGAAUGUGAGUGAAGGAUUAAAAAGAUAUUUGAAAUCAUUACAUUCAUUUUAACAAACCAAAUAUACCAGUACCCGGAUUCAUAAUAUUAGACUGCAUUAUCUAUAGUUAGCUCCCUGAAAUGUCAGAUUUAUUCGAAUCUCGUGAAAUUUGGAUUAUAAGGUUUAAGUGCAGAAUGGAAACAAGGUGUCUAAUUUUUAAAGUACACGUUUCAAUCUUUUCAUAAAAUCUACAACAGUUAUGAAAUUUUUCAACUCAUAAACUUACUGCAAUUAUCCCGUAUUUCAAGACAUUCGCUCGCUCCGUGAUUGGAAGGUCUCUGCCGCAGAUGACCUAAGUCAAUAAAAAAACUGGGCAGCAAAAGUUUCAAAUUACUUCGCAUAAUUAAUUACUGUAUUUGACCUUUCUGCACUCACAAAUUGUGGAUUUUCUUGCAUUGAAAAUUUAAAAAGCAAGAAAAUUAUUUUAAAGUCUUAAACUUUUGCAGAAUUUAAACAGAUAGGUUAAAGUUUUUUAAAAUAUCAGUAUUCAGAAAGGAACAUCAAACGUGGGGGUAUAUGAUGUAAAUUUUU